AUAAGGACGCGUUUGGCAUCAUUUCUACACUCAAUAUUUGCAGCCAAAACUAGAGAGCAAAUGAUGAACAAUAAGCGCCUGCCCUUUCCUCCUAUCAACUCUCCCACCAUCAAUGGGAUGGAAUUGCAGUCAAAGACAUCCUCGGAGCUGGACACAACCACCGCCGCGGCGACGACGGCGGGUUCCACGGCCACAGCAACCGACACCGUCGUCGGUCGAGUGAAAACAAGCGUCCACGUGACAGCCCUCGACGGAAUAGUGAACGUGAACUCCCUCUUCACCAUGGCAAUCUUCAUAGGGUUCUCCCUCACCGUCCCGGAAGCCGCCUCCGCCGCCGCCCGGUUGGAAUGCACCACCAGCCGGGAAACAGUGAGGAGACUGAUCGUCUUCGAAGUGGUGUCGUUCAGUUUCUUCCUCUUCUCAUCCCUCAUAGCCCAAAGCCUGAAGCUGGCAAUCAACCUGCUCAACAACAUGGAACCAAACGACCCACACAAAGCGGACAUCGACCCGGACUUCCUCAAAUACGGGUUGUUUGGAUCCGCCAUUGGGUCCGUGAUGGGGUGCUUGUUCUUGAUGCUGUCGAUAGUGGAUUUCAUUCGGGUGAAGUUGGGAUCAUAUUCUUGUGGAGGGAAACCCGUAUACGCGCUGGUGACUCUACUGAUAUUCGUGGGGUCUGCGCUUGUGGUUUAUGUGAGCACAGCCAUAUACGUUUCCUUCUUUGUGGAGAUAAGCAGUAAGGAUACGACAGAGCAGAAGGAAAGCUAGCUCAACCAGCUCCAAAGAAGAACACAUACCAUCCGAAAAUUCUAACUUAAAUCAAGUUUCAUUGUCCGAGUUGGACAAAUGUACUUGUCGUUUAAUUGAUGUACAGUUUAGUAAAAUUUGAUCAAUUAUAUCUUGUUAUAUAUGAUUGAUUUGAUUUGACUAAAUCUGAUUUGGGUAAGAAUUUUUUGCUUAUUAUAGAUUUUUCUAGUAUUAAUUUUAGUAGUUUAAUUUUUAUUAAUUAAAAAGAAAAAUUAAUGUAGCCUAAAUUGUACUUAGCUAGCUAGGACUAUUGGAGUCCAAAAGAUAUGUAUUAUUCUUUCGAUUUGUAGGCUAAUUAAUGUAGUUAUGUAUCUUAAUUAUGGUGUUAUUU